AUAUAUCUAUAUAUAUACACACUUGUCUACCUGUUCUUUUCACCAUUCCUCUCUUCUCAAACCAAUAAUUCUUCAACAAAAAGGAAAAAAAAACUACAAAAUCGAAUACAAAAAUGGCAGCAGCUGCAAUUUCUACCAUCUCAAUGAUCGAUUCCAACUUAGAAGUUGACAAAUUAACAUACGAAAUCUUCUCCAUUCUAGAAAACAAGUUCCUCUUGAGCUACGAUAAUGACCCAAAACUUUCUCCUGCAUGCAGAGAAAAUCUUAAUUUCUCCACCCCCUUUGCCGGAAACAAAAAUGUCAGCGCCGGAAAAAUCAGAAUUCUCUCUAUUGACGGCGGUGGGUCAACUAAUGGCAUACUCGCCGCUAAAUCUUUAGCCCAUUUGGAAGCAACCCUUCGUCGGAAAACCGGAAAGAAUAACCCCCACAUUGCCGAUUUCUUCGAUGUUGUCGCCGGCUCCGGUACCGGCGGGAUCCUCGCUAGUCUUCUAUUCACUCGUGGGAAAGAUGGGGUUCCUCUGUUCACAGCAGAGGAAGCUCUCAAGUUCCUAAACGAUAACGGCCGGAAAAUCUCCCGAUCUUCUUCAAAUGGAGUUUUCCGGCGCGUUUUCCGGACGCCGGUGAAGGUUUUCAGUAACGUGUUCGGCGAUUUAACUUUAAAGGAAACUGUAAAAGCAGUUUUAAUCCCCUGCUACGACCUCACCACAGGAUCACCGUUCCUGUUCUCGCGUGCUGAUGCUUUGGAAGUGGACGGUUGUGAUUUUAAGCUGGCGGAUAUAUGUGGGGCCACAGUGGCUGAUCAUGCGGUGGACGUGAAAUCAGUUGAUGGAAGACGAAAGAUCACAGCCGUUGGUGGUGGAGUCACCAUGAAUAAUCCAACGGCUGCUGCUAUCACUCAUGUUCUUAACAAUAAACAAGAAUUCCCCUUUGCUAAUUCAGUUGAAGAUUUGUUAGUAAUUUCUUUGGGAAAUGGAGAAUCAGAUUCCGGCAUCGGAAAAAUGACGUCAUUGCCGGCAGCGUUUGUUAAGAUCGCCGGAGAUGGAGCUGCCGACAUGGUAGAUCAAGCUGUAUCAAUGGCAUUUGGAGAAUUUAGGAACAAUAACUAUGUUAGAAUACAAGGAAAUGAAAUUAUUGGAAAAAAACACCACAUGAUAAAAGAUGAAAAAAUGAGAAAAUCAAUGGCCAUUUCUGAGGAAAUGCUAAGGCAGAAAAAUGUGGAAUCCAUAUUAUUUCAAGGGAAGAAAUUGGUGGAAAAAACAAAUUUGGACAAAUUGGAAAUAUUCGCAGGUGAUUUAAUCAAAGAAGAAGAAAUGAGGAAAAAUAGCAUAUUAUCCCCAGUUGUUUUGAAACAAUCAUCAUCAUCUCCUAGAACAUCGUCUGCAACAACUUUAUCGACUAUUUCAUCGUGUUAAUUGAAACAAUGAUCAUAUAUUAGCUCGAUUUUAAGUUAGAUUAGUAAGGUAAGGCAAGACAAGUUAACUCGAUGAAUUAUGGUUUUGAAGCCAACUCGCGAUGAAUAAUCUUAAACAUCCGAGUUUGCGCUUAAGUUUUUCAGUUUAUUUUUUUUGAAUUUUUAGGUUUAUUUUAUUGUAAAUUGUAUAUUUAGAUUAUGAAUCUUGAUGAAUGGGUGUGUGUA